UCCUCCGAGCAUCGCGUCCGUGAUGCUCUUAUAUAUGAGCAGCCAUUGCGCUCUGGUCUUUCGCCAGAGCACCCUACCAACCUACCCUCUACCAAGCCGCAAUCAUGGUCACCAUCACUCACUGUGAGACGCGCGAUGUCCGCUUCCCUACCUCUCUGGAUAAGACUGGCUCCGAUGCCAUGAAUGCAGCCGGCGAUUACUCCGCUGCAUACUGCAUCCUGCAUACCGACGGCUCUCACUCCGGCCAUGGCAUGACAUUUACGAUUGGUCGUGGCAAUGAAAUAGUGUGCCAGGCCAUAAGUCAGCUUGCCCUGCGUGUGCAGAAUAAAUCUCUAGAUUCUCUGGUUGCCGACUGGGGCAAAACCUGGAGAUACUUGGUCUCUGACAGCCAGCUCCGUUGGAUUGGUCCUGAAAAGGGUGUCAUACACCUUGCGCUUGGAGCAGUAGUCAACGCGAUAUGGGAUUUGUGGGCCAAAGUGCUCCAGAAGCCCGUCUGGCGCAUUGUCGCCGAAAUGUCUCCCGAGGAGUUUGUCAGAUGCAUCGAUUUCCGCUACAUCACUGACGCCAUCACUCCCGAAGAAGCCAUCAAAAUCCUCAAAGAGUCGGAACAGGGCAAAGCGGACAGGAUCAAGGAUGCCGAAACCAAUCGAGCUGUACCUGCCUACACAACCAGUGCGGGCUGGCUCGGUUACGGGCAGGAAAAGAUGAAGGGGUUGUUAGAAGAGACGCUCAAGAACGGUUACAAACACUUCAAGCUCAAGGUUGGGUCGUCUGUGGAGGAGGAUCGGACUCGCCUCUCUAUCGCCCGCUCGGUCAUCGGCUAUGACCGUGGCAAUAUCCUCAUGGUCGACGCCAACCAGGUUUGGUCCGUGCCAGAAGCUAUCUCAUAUAUGAAGCAGCUGGCAGAAUUCAAGCCCUGGUUCAUUGAAGAGCCAACUUCUCCAGACGACGUCUUCGGUCACAAAGCAAUCCGCGAAGCGCUCAAGCCUCUCGGAAUUGGCGUUGCGACUGGCGAGAUGUGCCAGAAUCGCGUCAUUUUCAAACAACUGCUCCAACAAGGCGCCAUCGAUAUUUGCCAGAUUGAUGCAUGCCGCAUGGGUGGUGUGAACGAAGUCUUGGCGGUGCUGCUGAUGGCGAAGAAGUUCAACGUUCCAAUUGUGCCUCAUUCAGGGGGCGUUGGGUUACCUGAAUACACUCAGCAUCUCAGUACCAUUGACUAUGUCGUCGUGAGUGGUAAACUGAGCGUUCUGGAGUACGUGGACCACCUACACGAGCAUUUCCUGCAUCCGAGUUCUGUUAAGGAGGGUUACUACGUCACGCCAGUGGAGCCCGGAUACAGUGUCGAGAUGAAGGCGGACAGCAUGAAUAAGUAUGAGUUCCCUGGCAAGGAUGAUGUCAGCUGGUGGAGGAGUGGUGAAGCACGGCCUAUUCUUGAGGGAGAGAGGAUAUAAGUUGGCUGUAGUCACCUUGCCAUUUAUCUAGGCCUUUGAGGAAGAGGGGGGUGGACACAACAAAAUAAAAAAUAAGUCACGGCUGCCGAAGCUUUCCAGUCU